AUGUCAUUCGAAAGCGCCUUCCCGAGUAGUCCGCUCAGUCGCUCUGCGCUGGCGUCUGAACGGACUGCGCCACCGGCCAACGAAUCGCGACCGUUGUUCAAGCCUGCCAAGACCUACGGCAACAUUGCCUCGAACACAUCCCCUGAACCUUCUCGUCAGGCAAGAUAUCAGGCCAUCGUUGACGUCGACGCGCAAAGUCCAGCGCGAAUGGGUCUAAGCCCUCUCGCCUCAAGCUCUUCGGUCUUCUCUGCCGCUCCUUCCUCUCGUCAUGUCAGCGGCCCUGCUCGCCUGAUGCGCAGUCCAUUCGGUUUUGCAUGGUCAUCAACAGUCUCCAACGUUCCUGUCGAUGACAGCUACGCCGUCUCUCCUCCGUUACCCUCCUCCAGCUUCACAAGAUCCGUCAAUACACGCCGUCGCUCUUCCGGCUACAGCAUCUCUGCUUCCAGUCCGACGCCCAACUUUGGCAGCCUAGUCGGCUCCUUCCAGGAAUCGCUCUUGCGCGGUCGCAUGUCGAUGCCCGCUUCCAAGCCACUUAUCUUUGAUGCAGAGAUCGGUGUGCUUGGGAUGGGCCGUUGCAAGCCCUCUCUGCGCUGCCCGCCUCAUCUUCACGUCAAGUUUCCUGCCCACUUUUACGACUUUCACGCUAUCGAUGCGCCUCCCUCAGCUUCCAGUCUUGGCUCCACCGCCGCACUUGGUAGCCCCUACGUUGGGACGAUCGACCUAGAAGCCCACUAUCACAAUCUGCUCCUUUCUAGGCGGCUCUCCACACUCGGUACCGACUCGAUCCCAUCAUCCAGCUUGUCCUCAUCAGGCGACGCUGAAUCUGUCGAGACGCCCUCGAUCCCCGGCUACGCUCUUCCGCCCAAAGGGCAAGUGCAGCUGAUCGUCAAGUAUCCUGACCUCAACGCGAUCAAGCUCUUCCUCGUGCCGUACGACUUGACCGAUAUGCAGCCCGGCACCAAGACUUUUGUUCGUCAGAAGACCAUGGUUCGGCCAGAAAGCAAAGGUACAUGCACCACCGACCAAGCAUCCUCCGCUCGAUCCUCGCCCAGCAACCUCGGUGCUCCGGCAAAGGAGACUCUUCGAUUCGCCAUACAUCUUCAGUUCUGUUGUCCACCGGUCAAACCGCAUCACGACGAUAAUCAAGCUGGCUUUGAUGGUUCAGAGGCUCUUCGGUACCGUCCACGUGGCCAAGGAAAGUCGAAGAAGGGCAGUAGUAAGCAAGCCAAGUCGCCAAGGAUCUAUCUUCACAAGACCAUCCGACUCGUCUUUGGAGCUCGUGCGCUUGACUCUGGCGAGAAGCUCGUCGAUCAGGUAGAGACACCGGGUCAAGGCGCUCAGCGCUUCUCUCCUUACAGCGGACCAGAAGAGGAUUGGCUGCAGCUGCAUCACGAGGUCAAGUCAGCUGGCAACUCGCUGUCCGGCAUGCGACUGGUGGAUGCUUCAGCCCGCGACGGCCUCGGAAUCGAUAUUCAGGGUGCUGCUGCUCCUCAAACAGGUCGCUCUGCUGCUGAUGAUAGGGAGACUGACAGCCUCGUUCCUCUCAACUCGGAUCCAAAUGGCGAGCGUUGGCAGGCCUUGGCAAGCGAGCGCAGUCAGCACAGUCAAGCCGCACCCUUAUCCACCAGCAUCUGGAGCGUCAGCAGCCAAGAAAGCGCAUUUGGUUGCACUCCUGGUUGGUCGAGAUCUCGUUCAUCUGCGGAUAGCAACGCACAUCCGAUGGCGCAAUUGCCAGCGGCAAACCGCCUCUCACAGUCGGUGGAGCGAGCCUUGCAACACACCUUUGACCAUGGCUCAAGUCCACCCACUCGUACCACUAGCAGGUCAUUGGCACGACCAACGAGCCCAACAUCACCCAAAAAUCCUCCCAUCGAGUCGUUGACACAGUCAGCACCUCCAGGUCACUCUCCCCUCCCUCCACCCGCUCGCCCCUCGCGCAUCCGCUCAGCCUCAACAGCCGGUCUGUCUGAAGCUCGUGUGCAAAGCGUCUCCGCUCUCGGUCGUCUCGACGAACCGAACGCACCUACUGCUCAGUCGGAAAGCGUCUCAGUCGAUUCGCCCUUCACCCUGGGUCGUGCAAGAGGCAACGCUGCCACGCUCAAGAAGGCAGGUUCUGACCGACCUAGCCUGCUUCGUAAGCUUUCAGAACAGUUUGCGAGGAGUCAUACCCCAUCGCCCACUGACAGUCCCAGGUUGAAGCCGACAUGGCGUCAGACCGAGCCAGAGAUGGAAGAGGACCUGACUGAGAUGGCUAUUGAUAAUCCCAACCAUGAUGAGGGCCAACCUUGUUGCAUUCAGGCGCAUGCUAGAUCUAUUCGUUAG